AUGUCAAACUCUCGAAACCCUCCCAUUCUUCUCAACGACUCCAACUAUUCCACUUGGUCUUUUCUCAUGGUAGCAAAAUUGAGCAAACUUGACGCUCUCGAUGUUGUUCUAGGAACCGUCAAGAAACCGAAGCUGGAAGAUCCGGAAAAACCAACAAAAGAAGCACUUGCGUAUGAGGAAAUCAAUCGGAUUGCGUACAUUGAAAUCAUCGAACAUCUGGACAACCAUCACUUGGCUUACGUGUCCCAAAUACUAAUCAACGAAACCUCGUUCUGCGGCUUCUCUGUCUGGCAGAUCCUGAAGAAAAAAUACGCCGGUGACGACUUUGUAGCGAAGGAUUUAGCUCUCGAGAAGUUCCUUGAUCUCGACUAUCACGGAUCCACGAUCGACUUCAUCUCCGAAGUCCGCGCUGCCAAUCAAAAACUCAUAUCGUCCAAGAUUGGUCUCGACGAUCAAGUCAAGAACGCAAUCAUCCUUCGCAAGCUCCCCUCCGAAUUUCAAUCGCUAAAAACUGUUCUCAGCAUCGGCUGCUCAAGCGAUACCGUAGCCAUGAUGUUGAACCGACUCGAACGACACGCAGCUCAAAACCACCUCAACCGCUCCUCGUCGAUUCCCUCUCCACAAGCGCUUCUGACCACCGAUGAUAAGUAUUAUCUCUGCCCCCAUUGCAAGAAGGGAUUCACUAUCUGCUCCCACUGUGACAAGGCUGGUCAUCGAGAAUCGAUCUGUUUUGAAAAACAUCCUGAACGACGUCCAUCAAAGUCUUCAGCUACCUCAUCUGUUUCAAAACCCGCCGCAACAGCCCAGGCUCAUCUUGCGUACACUGUUCCUCACGGCUUCACUCCUGAGCAAGUUGAAAGCGAACGAAACUUUCAAGCGAUGCUAGCGAACCCUGAAUUCAAGAAACUGAACAUCAACGCUGAACAUCGAUUGUAG